GUGUCAGCAGAAGACCCGGAACCGAGCCCUACUGCAGCUGCAGCAGCAAAGGAGACAGGCACGGCUCGUGAGGAGGAGCCAGCAGCAGCAGCAACAACAGCAGCAGCAGCGGAGGGUGAAAACAGCCCCAGCGUUGUUUCUGCUUCGCAGCCGCAAGAACAGCAGCAGGCUGCUGCUGCUGCUGAUGCUGCUGCUGCUGCAUCUGGUGAUUCCCAAGAGCAGGAGAGGGACACCAAACGCGAAGAAGAAGAAGCAGCAGCAGCAGCAGCAGCAGGACCAGCACCAUCAGCAGCAGCAGCAGCAGCAGGAGAGACGUUGAGUCUGCAGCAGCAAGUAGCAAGACAGCAUGAAGCAGGUACUUGUCUCCCUUGCACCGACCAUAUCAGCGGCUGCUGCAGCAAAGAGACAGACUGCGCCUUCUGUCACCACCCAACGCAUGCAGAGCAGACUUCUACUCAAAAACAAAAUCAAAACAAAAAAGAUAAGUGUCAUUUGCUGAUGGUGCUGCUGCGGUUGCUGCUGCUGAUGGUGCUUCCUUUUGCUGCUGUUGCUGCUCUUCUUGUUGCUGCUGCUGUUGCUGUGGGGCCCUCCGAAGCUCAGCCUCUACAGCAGCAGGAUUAG